CUCUGUGAGAAUUCCUCCAUACCUGUCUGAACAGGGGACCGCUGCGGGGCAGAGGAAAGAGAGAAAUGCAAAUGAAGGGAAAGUAGGAGGGCGCAUAUUCAUAGCGCACAAAAAGGAACGAGGUGUGUAAAGAGACACGUUUUGGGGGAGCAGACACGGAGCAAGAAACGAGUUUAUCGAGGUCUCAAGGCUUCGCUGCCUUUUUUUUCUUUUUCCCUGCCGGGCCGUUUUUCAAUCUUCUGAGACCCGGGGCUAUUUUUGUCCGUCAGUGCCGGAGCAGUUUGGGAUGGAUGCCAUCAUGCUGCAGGAAAAACUGGUGGAACGGCUGCUGUGCCCACGAGUGAGAACAGCCAGGCAGAAGGAGAAGCAAUAUGUGGGUUUUGCAACUCUACCCAACCAGGUCCACAGAAAGUCAGUGAAGAAAGGCUUCGACUUCACGCUGAUGGUGGCAGGAGAGUCCGGUAUGGGCAAGUCCACUCUGGUCAACAGCCUGUUCCUCACAGACCUCUACAAAGACAGGAAGUUACUGAAUGCCGAGGAGCGCAUCCACCAGACCGUAGAGAUCAUCAAACACACUGUAGACAUCGAGGAGAAAGGGGUCAAGCUCAAGCUGACCAUCGUGGACACUCCGGGCUUCGGAGACGCCGUCAACAACAACGAAUGCUGGAAGCCUAUCACAGACUACAUAGAUCAGCAGUUUGAGCAGUACUUCAGGGAUGAGAGCGGACUGAACAGAAAAAACAUCCAGGACAACCGAGUCCACUGCUGCCUGUACUUCAUCCCUCCAUUUGGGCACGGACUGCGUCCCGUGGACGUGGAGUUCAUGAAGGCGCUGCACGAAAAGGUGAACAUAAUCCCGCUGAUCGCAAAAGCCGACUGCCUCACGCCCAACGAGAUCAAAAAGCUCAAAGACCGAAUACGAGAGGAAAUAGACAAGUUCGGCAUCAAAGUGUACCAGUUCCCUGAAUGUGACUCGGACGAGGAUGAAGAGUUCAAACAGCUCGACAAAGAGCUCAAGGAGUGCACCCCGUUUGCUGUGAUCGGCAGUAACACUGUGGUGGAGGCUCGGGGGCAGAGGGUGAGAGGGAGACUGUACCCCUGGGGGAUCGUGGAAGUGGAGAACCAGUCGCACUGUGACUUUGUCAAAUUGAGGAACAUGCUGAUUCGCUCACACAUGCACGACCUCAAAGACGUGACCUGCGACGUCCACUACGAGAACUACAGAGCGCAGUGCAUCCAGGAGAUGACCAGCAAACUGGCUCAGGACAACCGCAUGGACAGUCCCGUCCCCAUCCUACCGCUGUCCACUCCAGAUGUUGAGACCGAGAAACUUAUCAAGAUGAAGGACGAAGAGCUGAAGAGGAUGCAGGAGAUGCUGAAUAAGAUGCAGCAGCAGAUGCACGACAAAGACCAGUGAUCCUCCGGAGCAGCAGAGCUGGUCUGCAGCGCCACCUGCUGUUUGUCCCCUGAGUGACAGCCACAGCGCGAGGGUCACGUGCUGCCUCCACGUUCUCCUCAGCUCGGUGCUUUGUAUAGUUUGUCUGCUGGACGGUCGUUGGUCAGAACCGUUCUUUUUUUGUGUUUUUUUUCUGGUCUCUGCAACUUUUUAAUCCAGUUUGCCCACUUUGAACCCUUGAUGUGGUUUAACAGUCUUAACAUAUAUAAUAUAAACACGUAAUUUAAACUACUAUUAAGUGUAUCUAAUUUAUAAACGCAAUGCUCAACUUUUGGGGGAUAUUUUGUCACGGCAUGAUGUUGUUUUGUAAAGAGAUUUAGGUAGUUGGUGGUGUUAAGACUUGAUGGAUAUUGACUCUUAUCAUGUGUUGCUAAGUGUGUGAGUGUGUGUUUCCUCCAGGUAAUCCGUCCAUGAAACAGUGACUUUACUCUUUGUUUAUUUUUUAAGCCAACCUUUGCUCUUAUCAAUUCACUCUCGGACCCUCACAAAUAAUUUCAUGUGAAGUCAAAAUAUUCUCUUCCACCAUUUUUUUUUUAUAUCCGUGUGUUCGCUGACCUGAAAAUGCAAUUAUUACCAGUAUCUAACUGUGAAAGGAGAGCUUUUGACAUAAUGCGAGGGUCCAUGCUGUGGGCCUAUUUUUUACUGCUUUAUAGCUGAUGCCCCACCCUCUUUUCAAAUGCAUUAUAAUGCAUUACGACCUCUGGUUGUUUCUCCAGUACGGUACAAAGGAGGAGCAAAUACUGUGUCUCUGCUUCUGCUUCUCUCUCAUUGGAAGGGAGUCUCUGCAUUGUGCCAGUAAAGGAGUGUUAAGCAUGUGUGUGUGUGUGUGUGUGUGUGUGUGUGUGUGUGUGUGUGUGUGCGCGCGUGUGGUGUCUUGAUCCUGAGGAACCGUACAUAUUUGCUCCUGAGGGCUGUGAGCUCAGCCUGUGCCCCGUUUAUAAAAGUGAGACAAAUAAAACUGUUGUGUUCCCGUC